AUGGCGUCCAUUAAUGGUGGAAAGGAUGUUUGCUGCGGCCCAGCAUUUGAUGCGAUUGCUUGCAAGACCUCGAUGUCACUGGCGACAAGAGCAACUUCAGUGUUUCAAGUCGUUGGAGGGAUUGCAAGCAUAUUGACGAUUCCAAUGAUUGGACGUGCAGCAGACAUCUAUGGCAGAAAGCCCUUGUUUGUUCUGACCUUCCUGUGCUCGGAGGUGCCUGCGCUGGCUCUCGUGGGCGUCACCCAUUUCAACUUUUCUGUCUAUGUCUAUUUCGCGACCUCCAUGCUUCUUCAGAUGGUGCCCGCGCUAUCCUUAUUCCUGCUGUGGAUCAACGACUGCACUGCGCCAGAGGACAGGAUCAAGAUCUCCGCCCGAUUUGAGGCCUUCAAGAGCAUGGAAGGCAUCUUUGUGCCUCUCAUGGUGAAAGUCAUCAAUGGGGAACUGACUGUUUCGCUGAUUGCUUACCUGCGGCUCCUCGAGAUGAUGAUUGCAUUGUGUUGCUUAAAAGAAUCAUUCCAGCCACGAAGUACAAGAGCAAGGCAUGCGCUCUCUCAGACUUGGAAGGCUGUCAAAGACGUUUGGAGAGAUGUUCCUCGCUUGUGCUCCUUCAAAGCCACGCGGAGCAUCUUCCUUCUGGGUUUCUUUGCAACUGGCACGGGUCUUGCGACAAUCAGCAUUCUCUUCCCCUUCUGCAAGGCCCGCUUUGGAGUUUCCAGACAAACGUUUUCUUUGCUGCUCAUUAUUCAGACAGCCAGUAAUGCCGUGGUGCAAUUCUGUAUCACUCCACGCUUGAAGCGAUGGGGCCUACGCUGUAUUUUUGCUACGGGUCUUGCAUGUGGCGCGGCAAAUCUUUUGGCCUUCAUGCUGUCCCCGUCCUUCAGUGUGUUGUUGGGCUUAGCCACAGUGGCAGGAUUUGGCUCCAUGGGCGGUCCAGCCUUCCAGACGUUGAUGAUGGAUUUCGUAGACUCCGCGGCCACCAGUGAAACAGAAAGGGGAGCACUACUCGCCACACUGCUGGCACUUCAGAACUUGUUUGUGGUCCUGAUGCCGCCGCUUUAUCAGGCAAUUUUUUCAGUCUUUGUGAGCCCAUCUAUGUACGGAGGGCGCCUUAUGGCAUUGCCAAUGGCUUUCGGAGUGUUUUGUCAGUUCGUUUGUAUUCUGGUCUUGUUGAGAUUAAGUCCAGAAUUUGGUUCAAGCAGCAGGGUUUUAUGCAAUGUUUCUGUGAAUGACAUGGAGUUGCCUGAAGUAGAUGAGAAGAAGGCUGGAAAUUUGUACUCCAAGACAGACCUGCUGAAGGCAGUGUCCGAAUUCUUCAACGAUGCGCUUCCUCGCAUGGGUUUUCAGGAGGACCACUUUUGGACGAACAUCAGAAUAAUGCUUUGCAUAAUUUGCUGCUCUUUUGGGUGCUACGCCCAGUUUGUGUUGAAGUUUCCCAAGGACCGGAUCUACAUUGGUGUUUGUGUAGCUGGAUACUUCCUGUUCUCUGCCAUGGUCGCUCUUAUUGAUAUGUUUGUCAUAAAGACCUCUGUGAUGUGCCUCAAAGUGGGUGGAGAGACCGUCUUUGUUGAUGUGACUAUGCUGCCCUUUUCGCAAGACAUGGAAAUUGGCCUCAGGAAACGAAUUGGUCCGAAGAAGAAAGCGGAAGUGUCGUACAAGACGUCUGUUGGGCGCUACUUUGACAGCGAUGGCUACCUGGGACAGGAGGAGAUCCUAGCAGAGUUCUCCAAACUGGUCAAAAAGUUUGAGAAAGAGCAUAGUAAGGAGGCUGCCGAAAAAAAGAAAGAGAAGUGAAGCUAAGAAAUGAGUGAACAGCAGUGAAUGGCCACAAGCCGCGCUGUAGAGCCUGGAAUUGCAGUCUGAUCAGUCUUUAUUUCGAAGUUUUACCAAGUUGCGCUGCGCAACCUGCCGGUGAACUUGGAGUCUGAGCUGCGACUGCGACUGGCAGUUUCGGCCUGCUUGCAAAAGACCUUAGGCUCAAGGCAGAGGCCUUGCAAACUGCCUCACGCCCUCGAAAAAGCUGGGGAGAGCGGUCGGAAAUCGAUUUGAAGCACACAGAUUCGCAUCUUCAAAGUCAAAUUUCUGGUCUUGGAAUG